AUGCCCACUACCACAGACAUUCAGCCGGUCCUGCGCGUUGGCUCUCGCGACUCCAAGCUUGCGCUGGUGCAGACCGAGCACGUCAUCGACCUGAUAAAGGCGUCCCAUGCUGGCGUGACCACCGAGCUCGAGACAAUGAAGACGAUCGGCGACAAGAUCCUGGACGUGGCCAUGAACAAGAUCGGCGACAAGGGGCUGUUCACCAAGGAGCUGGAGCUGGCCCUGGAUGCCAAGGCCAUCGACGUGGUGGUCCACUCGCUGAAGGACAUGCCGACAGCGCUGCCCGAGAACAUGCAGCUGGUGGCAAUUACCGAGCGCGAGGACCCGCGCGACGCGCUGAUCAUGAGCCAGAAGAACCGCGGCAAGGUUCUGAAGGACCUGGCGCCCGGCAGCGUCAUCGGCACGGGCUCGGUUCGGCGCGUAGCACAGCUGCGGCGCCUGUACCCGCACCUGGAGUUCAAGGACGUGCGAGGCAACCUCAACACGCGGCUGGCGAAGCUCGAUGCCGAGGACUCGCCGUACGAGGCCCUGAUUCUGGCAGUGGCUGGCAUCAAGCGGCUCGGAUUCUCCGACCGCAUUUCGCAGCCGCUCGACGAGCUGCUGCAUGCAGUAGGCCAGGGCGCGCUGGGCAUUGAGAUCCGCGCUGACGACACGCAGACGCUGGAGUAUGUGAAGUGUCUGAACCACAGGCCGACGCGGCUUGCGUGCUUGGCGGAGCGCGAGCUGAUGCGGGCGCUGGAGGGCGGGUGCUCGGUGCCUAUUGGCGUGCGCACGACGUGGAGCCAGGACAGACUGUUGCUUAAGGCCAUUGUGGCAUCGCCUGAUGGCAAGAAGGCCGUUGAGGCGGAGCAGACUGCGAGUGUGCUGGGUGGAUCUGACGAGGAAGAGGAUGCGCGGGCUGUGAAGCUGGGCAGAGAGCUGUCGGUGGCCAUGCGCGAGAAGGGCGCAGGCGAGAUCCUCGACGCCAUUGAGCACUAG